GCCCUCCGGUGCGGAGACGAGGUGUCACUCACCCAAACUUUUAUACCACAAGGUCGCUGGAGGACCUUCUUCUUAAGCCUCUUCAUUCUCUUCUUUCAAGAUCUUCUUCUGUUGAGGAUCAAAAGCAACAAUGGCUACCAGAACCAUGCGCAGGAUUCCUGCCCUCAGCAGCCGCGGCGCCCUGACCGCGAAGAGGAACGUCAGCCUUGCCUCGUUCAAGAUCCCAAAGGUUACGAAUGAACCUAACCAUCACUAUGCCAAAGGCUCCGCGCAACGAGCUGGGCUCAUGAGCGCUCUGAAGAAAUUCCAGAGCUUGACGCCACUCGAAGUCCCGCUCUUCAUCGGCGGUGAAGAGGUCAAAACCUCCCAUACCCUUUCCCAACACAACCCCUCCGACCACGCCUCCACCAUCGCCACCUACUCCAAAGCCUCCGGCACCGACGUCACAAAGGCCAUCAACUCGGCCCUCGGCGCCAAGCAAGCAUGGGAAUCAAUGCCCUUCUCCGACCGCGCCGCCAUCUUCCUCAAGGCCGCGGACCUGAUUGCCGGGAAAUACCGCUACCAGAUGAUGGCUGCCACGAUGCUGGGGCAAGGCAAGAACGCAUGGCAGGCCGAGAUCGACGCUGCUGCGGAACUAGUGGAUUUCCUAAGGUUUAAUGUUCAGUAUGCCGAGGAGUUGUAUGCGCAGCAGCCUACUCUGCAUUCGCCGGGCGUCUGGAAUAGAGUCGAGUAUAGGCCGCUGGAGGGAUUUGUCUACGCCGUCUCGCCGUUCAAUUUCACCGCCAUUGCGGGCAACCUACCCUGCGCACCCGCACUGAUGGGUAACGUCGUAGUCUGGAAGCCCUCUGACUCCGCCAUCGCAUCCAACUGGCUCCUCUACCAGAUCCUCCUCAAAGCCGGACUCCCACCAAACGUCAUCCAGUUCGUCCCUGGACCCCCAGCCGAAGUCACAAAGGUCGUGCUGGGACACAGGCAAUUCGCCGCACUGCACUAUACCGGGUCCACCGCCGUGUUCCGCAAGUUGUACGGCACGAUUGGUGAGGGUGUUGCGAGUGGCAGGUAUAUUGGUUACCCACGCAUCGUUGGCGAGACGGGAGGGAAGAACUUCCAUCUCAUCCACGCCAGCGCGGCCGUUGACAACGCAGCUCUCCAAACCGUGCGCGGUGCCUUCGAGUUCCAGGGCCAGAAAUGCUCUGCGACUUCGCGCUGCUACGUCCCCUCCACCAUCUGGCCAGAAUUCAAAGAGCGUCUCGUCUCCGAGACCAAGGCUCUUAAGAUCGGCCCGCCUACCGAGCCUGAGAACUUCGUCGGACCAGUCAUUCAUGCUGCGUCUUUUGAUAAGCUCGCCGCCGUCAUCGACGCAGCAGCCAAGGACGACUCCCUCGAGCUUCUCGUGGGAGGGACAUACGAUAACUCCAAGGGAUACUACAUCCACCCCACCAUCUACGCGACCACGGACCCCAAACACCCCCUCCUCAGCACCGAGCUCUUCGGCCCCAUCCUCGUGGUCCACGUCUACGCCGACAAAGAGUCUACGCGCUCUAACAACUUCAACAACGCUAUCCAGGCCAUCUCGAACGCCUCGGAGUACGCGCUUACGGGUAGCAUCUUCGCGCAGGACCGCGCGGUGAUUAGGUUCGCGGAGGAGAGGUUGAGGGAUUGUGCGGGCAACUUUUAUAUUAAUUGUAAGUCCACCGGGGCGGUGGUGGGGCAGCAGCCGUUUGGGGGGGCGAGGGCGAGUGGCACGAAUGAUAAGGCGGGGAGUGUGAAUCUGCUCACGAGGUUUGUGAGUAUGAGGAGUAUUAAGGAGGAGUUUGUGGAGACUACUAAGGUGGAGUAUCCUAGUAAUGAGGUUUAAAAGGGGAGGUAAUUUUGGGGAGUUGGAUGCGGGUAUAUGGUUGGUUUGGAAGGUGGGAG